CAUGAGCAAUUCUAGUUCACGGUGAAAGCAGUGUUUAGUUGUCAUCUAGAUAAUCCUGAACUAUAUUCUCUAUCAUUGAUAAUACUCGGACAUCAGUUGUGAAUGGCUAGAUGAAAUCCGUGGACAAUGUUUUUAACUUUUGACCGCCGUUCAUGAAAUCCAAUUAUCAUUUUUAAUACUGUUUAACAUACUUUGAUAUAUAUACGGAAACAGUAUCAAUGAUUUAUCAAAACCAAAAUCCGGAUUUAGCGAUGGCUUACAAUCCCUUCUUGUUUCCCAGGCCUUCGGACUAUACUUCACUGUUACAGCAGCACUAUUUACCCGGAAUGGCCGUUCCUGGACCCCCCGGGAUCCCUGCGUCCAUUCUUCCGAAGCUUCAACAAUCUGUGGGGCGUUCCCCGCUUUCUCCGGGAGAACUACUCCACCCAUUUCAUCCCCGACCCCUCAGGACCAUGGAACCCGAACCCGACGCCCAGGAUGAUCCUAAAGUGGAAAUAGAGUCCAAGGAACUCUGGGAACAAUUUCAUAAUCUCGGAACCGAAAUGGUUAUCACAAAAUCCGGAAGACGAAUGUUUCCUCCUUACAAAGUGCGCGUUUCUGGUCUGGAUAAGAGAGCAAAAUAUAUUUUGUUAAUGGACAUAGUGGCAGUUGACGACUGCAGAUACAAAUUUCAUAACAGCCGCUGGAUGGUGGCGGGAAAAGCCGACCCAGAGAUGCCCAAACGGAUGUACAUCCACCCCGACUCCCCAAGCACUGGGGAACAAUGGAUGCAGAAAGUGGUCUCCUUCCAUAAGCUGAAACUGACCAAUAACAUUUCGGACAAGCACGGCUAUGUAAGUAUUACGAUUCUCAAUUCCAUGCACAAGUACCAGCCACGUUUUCAUCUCGUUCGAGCUAACGACAUUCUCAAGCUUCCAUAUUCAGCGUUCCGGACGUACGUCUUUAAAGAAACGGAAUUCAUCGCAGUCACUGCUUACCAGAACGAGAAGAUUACACAGCUGAAGAUUGACAACAAUCCUUUCGCAAAAGGAUUUAGAGAUUCUGGGAGUGGAAAAAGGGAAAAAAAAAGACUUCUAAUGAGCUCAAUUCACCAAUCCAGUACAGCCUAUACAGACGAGGGGUCCCGAGUGGACGAUCCCCAAAGUGACGAAGAUGACGAAAUCUGUGUGGACGAAACUGAUGACGUCACAGAGGACACAGUCUCCAUUCUUUCUCGAUUGCAUUCAGAUUUUAAAGCUUCAAACGCAGAAAAAUCUCUUAAAGACGUUUCGGAUCAGGAAAGUCCCGCUAAAUCUGAUACACAGACCAACUCCCAACCCCGCAGUGCUAGUUCCUCGCCGGAACCUCCGCCAAAAUCUCCGGAGGUACCUUUUAAUGUCGAAGAGAAAAACAAGGAAUCAAAACAGCGAGAAACCGGAAGUGAUUCUCCAAGAUCGAGUGAAAGAAGUUCACCGGAGCGAGAACGAUCGCCCGGAUGUAGUAGACUUUUUUCAAAAGAACACUCUAGUCCCCCAAAUGUGACAGUUGUUCAACCAUCUGUGACACAUCCUAUGUUUCCAUAUCUGUAUCCGUAUACGUCAUCAGCAUCUAGCUUUCCGUAUCCCAUGAGUCACAUGUUGUUUUCCGGAAGUUCCUCUUUGCCACAAGGUUUGCAAAUGCCAUUUUUGACUACCUCAGGACACUCCGAUUUAAGUCAUAUACCCGCUCACGCUCUAUCGUCGUUAAACCAAUUCUCACUGCAGAGUCAUCUGAUGCAGUCAAACUAUUCUAGUCUGUCUUCGUCGCUCGGCGGAAGGAACCCGACCUCACCUUCAGCCUCCAUUCCAAACUCACCUUUAGGACCCAUUUUCCCAAGCAGGUCGAAUCAAAGAUUUUCACCUUAUUCGUAUUCUCUUUCUAAAUCCCAUAGUGACAUUUCCCCAAGUUCUAGUGACAGUGGCAUCAAAUCUUCGUCUCCCCCGAGUUAUGGCGGAAUUACCCGACCGUCUCCGAUUAGACCCCGAAGUCCCCUAUCCCAUCAUAUGACACCGAUGGCUGCUCACUCCAAACCUCAUAGCGAACUCCGAAGCAUGGAGCAGAUGCUUAAUGGACUGGACCGUAAGAAAGCACUACAUCAUGAAUCACCCAGUGUAGCUAUGGAGAAAUGAAGACUUUAUUGUUCAUAAUUGCUAGGGAAACAUAUUCGUUUUCAUGGUAGCACGGGUUCAUGAUGACGCUUUAGUUCAAUUAAGUGCAACAUGCUCCUCAACAAUGCCAGAAUAUGAGGCCUGUCAUUAGUAAUUGUCAUAAUGAUCUGGGCAGUGCCAUAGAACAAAGACAAGGGUUGGUCAGAUUUCAGAAAUUUGUCACCGCUGCUUGAUAUUUUCUGAAGAACGUUGUGCAGUCAAUAAGGCAUUAGGCCUAAAAGGCCUAUCCCUAGUGCUCACUGUCUACUGACUAAUCAAGCGGCAGGAAACAGACGAACUUUCUGAGUAAGAAGUUCUGUGAUUGGUCGGUUUGAUUUUAUUGGAAAACGUUUCUGAAUUUGAAAAAUACUUUUCUUAAAACUAAGGUGUAUUAUAUGGGGAUUUUUUUCUCUUGUAUAAUUUGAGCAAUGCGGGGAGUGUGCAAAAUGACUUUAUCUAUUGUCUAUAUGUUUUUGUGUGUGUCAACAAUGUCAUAUGUUCUCAGGUCGAACUGUCUUUCUUUUUUCACGCGUAUAACCAUUUUAAUUAUUUUACUACAGACACUAUGUUUUACGGUUUGACAGAUGUACUGUUAUCAAGUGGAAGACUUGCUUCAUUAGUUAAGUUAUUUUGGCGUGGAGUCAUUUUAUCUGUAGACACAAUCUAAGUUCCGUGCUUCUGUUUAUGGUGCUAUUUAAACUAUUUUCCUUUUGUUAUGAAUUUGUUUUAUUUUAGCAGCAAUUAAUAAAACAAAAUAUAUUAAAAAUUGAAAUUUUUUAUUUAUUAUUUUUUUUAUUGUUAAUUUGUUGAUAUAAGUUUGCUGUAGGUGUACACAGUUGUCAAUGUGGCAGUAUUUCUUAGUAUUUACAAACUAUAAAAGUCAAAGAAAUACAUGGAACUUUUGUGUUGUAAUUCUUGUUUUGGCCAUGACAGCUUUUGAUUUUGAAAAUAAAUAGUCAACAUUGAAGCUCA